AGACGCCAUUACUUCGUCGUGUUGUUGGUGGUGGGACAUCGUCAAUCACAUCAUUCAUCAUGUUGACACCCAGGUUCGAGCUUCAGCAAGAUGAUGAAGAGGUUACGGUGGUUAUUUACGCACUUUAUGCUAAUAUCAAAGAUACCGAGGUCUACGUCGAGGGAAAUGACUUCAGAUUUUACUCAUCUCCGUAUUAUUUGAGACUCCAACUACCUGGAGAAAUCGUUGAGACUGACUCCUCCGAAGGGUCUUACGACUGCGACACUGGAAAAUUCAUCCUUAAAUUCUCAAAAGUCACCCCUGGACAGCACUUCGAGAACUUGGACAUGAUCACGACAUUGUUAGCUCCACCUAAAAAACAAAAGGGCAUCUCACCCAUGAUCGAAGUGAUUGGAAAUCCAACAGCUCAACAUGAUGGUGUUGAUCCCCUGUUGGAAGAGACAGACCAGGGGGAUGAUGACGAUUGGUUCAUCCCCCAGACGGCCGUGACUCCUGGAGUGUCUGAAAAUCUCACUGGACAACAAAAAUACGGAUUUGGGAAUAAAAUUUCUGGUGCCCUGAGGUCAUUUUGCUCCCACUGGCUCAAAGACGUCGUCGACCUGCCUCACCCUGACUCCACCCCCUCGACAGACCGACAAAUUCUUCGAGAAGCCGCCGAAAAAUUCGAUUUCAGUGAUGACCAUUACAUGGCGGACCUAGUGCACUUCCAGGACACCAUUGGACCCAUCAUGAUGUUCAAGCCCAAGUGGUAUGACUCAUCAGACGCCAUCCUGACAGAUGGUGAGAAGGACAUGCUGAAGGAGCUUCCCAACAAGGAGCACCUCCUGGAUGACGGGGAGAAGCAGGUGGUGGUUUAUGGUCUCGUGGACAUUCUCUUCGCCUCGUGCUACGAUCAUCGAGUGACACUGGGGGAGAACACGUCGGAGAGUGGAUGGACCAUUAAUAAAUUAUCUGGAACCCUAUCCUGGUUCCAGACAUAUUCCACCCUGGGGGAUGUCCUGAGGACGUCGGUGAGACGAUCGUUGUGUUAUCCCCUGUACCGUCACUGGGACCUGGCCAUGAAGGUCCUGGAGGAUGUCCAGGAGAUCCUGAAGAGGGGCAAGAUGACGAUCCUGAAGAGACUCUGCGAUGUCCACCACGUCUUCAUCCACUCGUUCGAGCCGAGGUACCUUCUGAAUUCGCUCUACAUCACGGAUUACCUCAUUUGGAUUCAACGAGCACCUGAUUCCCUCAUUCUGACCCUCGCUGAGGCACUCGAUGGUAUCAUACUGAGGAAGGAGGACAUGGGGCUGGACCUGGUGGAGCUGGAGACGGCGGUUCGACUUGUUCAAGAGGAGGAGAAGGGAGUGGGGAACGGUGAUGACGUCCCUGAGGAACGUAAUCUGAUAAUUGGGAAUUCAAUUCAUGAUGUGGUGGAGGAACUUGAUAGGAUUCACCUGGGGGUUGGUGAGAGUGGUGGUGAUGAUUCGGAUACGGAUUCUGAUGAUACGAGCUCGGGGAGUACGUCGACGUGGACUAGUUGUAGCUGGCCGAGUGAUACCUCCAAUCUGUCGAGUGAUGGAUCCAGUGGGACUAGUGAGGGAUCCCGUGGGACUAAUGAGGGAUUCCGUGGAACUAGUGAGGAAUACAGUCGGACUAGUGAUGGAUCCCGUGGGACUAGUGAGGGAUCCCGUGGGACUAGUGAUGGAUCCAGUGGGACUAGUGGACCUCUGAUAGUGGAGAUCAAUAGUGAUGAUUCCAGUGAUGCAGAUUUCUGAGGGGAGUCCAGGGGAUCGAUGUUGUACUGCCGACAGUGUGCCGACAGUGCGCCAACAGUGCGCCGACAGUGCGCCGACAGUGCGCCGACAGUGCGCCAACGGUGCGCCGACAUUGGUAAUAAGAUAACUUUGAUGAUGCGGUUGUUUAUGGGCUCUCAGUGAUUACCUAUUGGAAUUCAAAAUGGCGGAUUUAUGGCAGCCAGUGCAGGUGGUUUAUCGUAAUUUAUAAUAGAUGACACUGAGGUGAGUGUUGGUGGUACUCAGGCAGGCCAGUAGAUGGCAAUGGCCUCCCCAACAGAUCACUCGAUAGUGACUCGAUAGCAUGUGGAUUAAUUAAAGUGUUAAUUACGUUGGUGUCUAGACAAAUGUGUCUAGAUCCCUUUCGUUGAUUCAAAUAAAAUUAUUGACUUUUA